CUUUAUGAACUCACAAGAAUGCAAAAAGGCUCAAAAUGGCGCUUUUAGAGAAUGACAUAUGACUUGAUUUACUUACAGUAAUUUUAUCGUUGACUGAACAAAGGGACAUAAAAGGGCCCUGUUGUUGUUGUCGUUGUAUGUGAACAGCAAAACCCGGAAAGGAUUUCACCGUUCAAUGUCUUCUAAUGAAGAAGACGAAGGGCGGUCAAUUCAGGCCGAAGAAGAGAGCAUAACAUUCAAACACCAAGCUACGACCCCACUGUUACUCAACGAAUGUCAAUCCAAUCAAUGUAAUAUUUCUUGUCAAAAAAAAGAAGUUUGUGGUUUAGUAAGCAAAGGAGACUCAGAAACUAAAUGCGACUGUAGUUGCAACACGAGUUCUUCGUCGGCCUCAAGCAGCGGGGUUGGUAACGUCACCGAUAGCGUAAGAGACAACGCGUCUUGUAAGAGCAGCUCUUCCACUAUAACAUGCGAAGAAGAGGACGAAAACGUCGACCUUCAAGGAAUUUUAAACGAGCAUGAAGAUAAAAUGGAUAAAAUAGCAGAAAGAAGAGAAAUCGUUCGAUCAAGUGAUGAGGAUGACAGUCCCGAGUCGAAAUUGCUGGGAACCGGAAAUAGUAAGAAUUGUAUUUCGAAAGAUGCUAAAUUGCUCAACAAUGAAAAUUGUAAAGAGUGUAACACCAGAAAAACCACAGAAAAUUCAAAUGCAAAAAAAAUUGAUGUAGGAUGCGAUGUGAUGAAUUUGGAGCAAGAUGGCAUUGAUAUUUGUGGCUCUCCAUCAUCUGAUAUUACUGAACCUGAGUUAGCCAAAGUAAAUCUAGGGAACCAGGAAAAUUCAUCUUUGAAUGACAGAAAAUCUUGUAAAGACAGUGCUUAUUCAGACUCUCCAAGCAGUGAGUUUGAAUGCAGUGCUUGCUCCUCAGUUGCUAGUUGUGCAGAAGAUAGUGGAAUAAGUUCCACAGUACGGGAUGAAGAAAUGGAAGAAAUACCCCUUGCAGAUGGUUCAUACAGUCCAAACCUUUUCCAGGAAAUGUCCAGGAUCAGUGUUGAUGAUAUGGUAUCUUCUUGGGUGCCCAAGUCCAAAAACACCUAUGCACCUAACAUCACAAGGAAAACUUCCAGUUCUUCAAGCUUAUUAGAUAAUACUGAUGGUAGAAACCAACCACAGCAAACUAAAAUCAAGGAACUCUUUUCUGACUCUGGAAUUGAGAAAAAUCAAACAAAAGUUGGUUGGAAAUUGUUUGGUAAAGUUCCUCCCAAAGAAACAUCCGAGUCUCAAAGUUCAAAUUAUUUCUCAAGAGAUGAUGUAAACAGAAGAUCGCUAGGGGAACAAUCAUCAUCUUCAAGAAAACCAAAGUUUUUAUCCCUGAAGAGAUCAACCUCUGCUGUACCUAGUUCUACAACAGCUUUAAUCUUUGAAAACAGACCAAGAAAUCUACCAGCCAAGUCAGCAAGUGAAGAAAAGAAACACAGGCAGCAAUAUGAAGCCAUGGUAGCUCAAGCAAGGAAAAAAGAGUUACAGGAAGCAAAGAAACAAGAGAAAGAGGCACUGGUGAAAAAUAAACAAGAAAAAGUGAUAGCAACUGCUGCUGCAGUAUGGGCAAAUGAGAUACUACCAAACUGGGAAACAGUGAAAACCUCACGCAGAGCAAGGGAACUGUGGUGGCAAGGAAUCCCUCCAAGUGUUAGAGGAAAAGUAUGGAAGUUAGCUAUUGGUAAUGACUUACAAAUUACAAAUGAAUUAUUUGACAUAUUCCAAACACAUGCAUAUGAGAAACUCAUAAUCACUCGUAACAAUAAGAAGAGAUUAAGGGAAUCCAAUUCUGUGGCGGAAUUACCAACCAAUACCUUUAUUCCUGUGGUGAAUAGUGAGCACAAGGUAGAGCUGAUAAUGUUGGAUGUCUCAAGGACCUUUCCUUCACUCUGUAUAUUUCAAGAGGGUGGUCCCUUCCAUGAUGUACUACACAGUAUUCUAGGAGCAUAUACUUGUUACAGACCAGAUGUUGGAUAUGUCCAAGGAAUGUCAUUCAUAGCUGCUGUUCUUCUCCUCAACAUGGAACCACCCGACGCAUUUGUUUGUUUUGCUAACCUUCUCAACAAACCAUGCCAGCUGGUCUUUUUCAGAGUGGAUCACCCUAUGAUGAAAGCCUACUUUGCCACUUUUGAAAUCUUCCUUGAAGAAUUCCUUCCCAAGGUUGGAAAACUCUUUUUCCAAGAAAAUUUUUCUCCUGAUAUGUACUUGAUAGAUUGGAUAUUUACCUUGUUUAGUAAGUCUUUACCUCUGGACGUGGCUUGUCGUGUGUGGGACGUGUUUUGCAGAGAUGGCGAUUACUUCUUGUUCCGAACAGCAUUAGGUAUUCUGAAGUUUUAUCAGGAUGAACUCAUUGGUAUGGACUUUAUUCACUUGGGACAGUUCCUUAGCAAAUUACCAGACGAUAUCUCAGCUAACAAACUCUUUGAUUGCAUAUCAUCCAUCAACUUAUCUCGCCAGAAGUUUAACCAAAUACUUGCUCAGCAAAAAGAACUCGCCACGCAAAUCAAGACAGUGACCGCUUCAGCUGGCGGAAAAUAAUGCUUCUCUUUAAAUUAUGACAUUCAACUUAAAAAAGACAGGAAAUGAUGAUUGAAUUUUUCUUAUGGGUAAAUCAUGUGAUUUUUCAAAAAAUGAAUUACGAAGAAACAUUAUUUCCCGAUUUUUUCAAGCUUCAUCAAUGAUAAAUAAAUUAUUAUUACUAUUAUUCACACAAGCCUCGUCAGAUUAGAGCCUGGCUUAUUUAGCCAUUCCAUGUUUAAAAAAAGAACUGCAUCGAGCUGGCAUUGCAAAGCAUUAUGGGACAUAUAGAGGAGCAAUUAUCUUGCAAUAUGCGCCCUACUAAAACAUUCCCACCCCUCCUCGCCCUCAGAAUGGCGAAUGUGGCCUCACAAAGAUAUAAUGUUUGACUGCAGGCGCAACUCAGACAAAGAAUAUUUCAAUGAAUUUCGCAUUUUCUCGAUUUUUUCUUUUUACGUUUAGCAUCUCUUGUACAACAUUGUAAAAUACACUGCAAAUAAAAUAUACCAAGGGAAUA